AUGGAUCUCGAAAGAAACAUGACUGAUAAACAAUCUAUCGAACUCACCCAUGUGCAGAGCACCCAUGGGGGAGAGGUCAGAGAAGUUGAAGCAGGCGGAGGAUUGAAGAAAAAUCUGGAAAGCCGUCACAUAACUAUGAUCGCUCUAGGCGGUGCUCUUGGAACAGGACUCCUUAUUGGAACUGGAUCUGCACUUGUCGAAGCUGGCCCUGCAGGCGUGCUCAUCGACUACUCCAUCGUCGGAUGUGUGGUAUUCCUAGUCAUGUCUGCUUUGGGAGAGAUGGUGUCAUACAUGCCGCUACCUCACGGUUUCGGAGGCUUUGCUACCCGUUUUAUUGAUCCUGCAUUAGGAUUUGCGACGGGAUAUGUGUACUUUUUCAAAUAUCUUCUUGCUGCUCCCAAUCAGCUUUCGGCAUUUGCCCUUAUUUUCCAGUUUUGGGUUGGAGAUCGUGUCAGCCCAGCGGUGUUUAUCACGGUUGGCCUAGUCUUGAUCUUGGUGAUCAACAGCGUCAAUGUUCGUGUCUUUGGAGAAUUUGAAUUCUGGCUCUCCUCUCUGAAGAUAAUCAUCCUUUGUGGAGUCAUUCUCUUAAUGUUAAUACUGGCCCUAGGAGGCGGUCCGACACACGACCGCACCGGCUUCCGAUAUUGGCACGACCCUGGUGCCUUUGUCGAAUACAAGUUACAUGGGAGCGCCGGUAAAUUUGUUGGUGUCUGGAGUGCUUUGGUGCAGGCAGUGUACGCGUUCACGGGCACCGAGCUGGUCGGAAUGACCGUUGGAGAAGCGAAGCAUCCCAGGCUAGCAAUGCCACGGGCAGUCAAGAUGACGUUCUUUCGGAUUGUCUUCUUUUAUGUGCUUUCGGUCUUUUUCCUGGGCAUGGUGGUCCCGUCCAACAGCACGGAGCUCAUAUUUGCUACCAAGUCCUCUGCGAGCGCUGCGGCCUCACCGUUUGUCGUGGCAAUUCGACUGGCAAAGAUUCAUGGUCUUGAUCAUGUUAUAAACGGCUGCUUGAUUGUGUUUGUAUUUUCAGCUUCAACCUCAGAUCUCUACAUUGCCACUAGAACCUUGCACGCCAUUGCGGUUGAUAACAAAGCUCCUCAAAUCUUUAAAAGAACGUCAAACCAAGGUGUACCAUUCUAUGCACUUGACUUUUGCGCCUUAUUCUGCAGCUUGGGGUAUUUGAGCGUCGGUGAUGGGUCGAAAGUCGUGUUUGGCUAUCUCACCAACGUGGUGACAGUCUUUGCACUUUUGACGUGGAUUUCGAUCCUGGUUACGCACAUAUUCUUCCGAAGAGCUUGUAAAGUCCAACAAAUACCGCGCGACAGGAUACCCUACACGGCGCCGUUGGGCAUAUAUGGAUCUUUCGCAGCUCUGAUCUUUUUGGUGAUUCUCACAUUGACCAAGGGCUUCCAAGUGUUUAUUGGGGGAUUUGACUAUAGAAGCUUCAUCGUGCAGUAUAUUGGCAUCCCAGUAUAA